AUGCCCAAGAACAAGGGAAAGGGCGGUAAGAACCGUCGUCGUGGAAAGAACGAGAACGACAACGAGAAGCGUGAGCUCGUCUUCAAGGAAGAGGGCCAGGAGUACGCACAGGUUGUGAAGAUGCUUGGCAACGGCCGUCUGGAGGCGCUAUGCUUCGACGGCGAGAAGCGUCUUGCCCACAUCCGUGGUAAGCUGCGCAAGAAGGUCUGGAUCAACCAGGGCGACAUCAUCCUACUCUCGCUGCGUGACUACCAGGACGAGAAGGGCGAUGUAAUCAUGAAGUACACCGCCGACGAGGCCCGCAGUCUGAAGGCCUACGGCGAGUUGCCCGAGAAUGCCAAGAUCAACGAGACCGACACCUACGGCCACGAAGGCUUCGAGGACAACGUCGAGUUCGACGAGGACCGCGAAAGCGAAGAAGAGAAGGAAAUCGACGUCGACGAGCUCUAA